GUGCGGGCGGCAGGAGGCAGAACCGCCACCCUCCCAUGCAAAUCAGCCCCAGGGGUGCAGCCGGGUUUCUCCCGCUGCUGCAGGGCAAUGCUCCUGGGGAGGCGCUGGGGAAAAUGCAACCUGGGGCGCUGUGUGCUCUUCCUUGCGCUGGCCCUGCUGCUCGACGCCGUGGGCCUGGUCCUUCUGCUGCUGGGCGUCUUCGCCUCCCUCGAUUACUGGGACUUCUUGGUCUACACGGGGGCCCUGAUCCUGGUGUUCAGCCUGCUCUUCUGGAUCACCUGGUAUUCCCUCAACAUCGAGGUACCUCUUGAGAAGCUGGACUUGUAGUUUGGUCGUGGGCACAGGAGGAGGGACGCAGGCUCCACAGGCAGCUGGCCGUGAACCUGGGGCUGCUGCGUGGCCGGAGGGGUAGGGGCGUGUUUCCACUCCCACCCAGAACGCCCCACAGGGGAGCAGGUGCUGUCUGACAGAGUAGCAUCAGAGCCCCGGGAAGAUGUCUUCUCUUGGCCGCAUGCCCUCUACUAAGUAUCUGGGAGGAACCAGAGGCUUGCAAAGCACCCACCAGGACGCCCGCGAGUGGCAUGGAUGUCAGGCUUCCGGAAGGUUCCAGUCUCCACCAAGAGUCCGGCACCCCUGCGCCACGGCUGGCCCCCCAGCCGUUCGGGGAUGGCCCCAGAAGCCUUCAAGUUCUCAAACUGGGGCUCUGAUGGGAGCGACCUUGCUGUGGGGUUCAGAGGCCAACUCUCGUCAAGGUCCCGUUAAGGACUAACAGCCAGAAGUGAGCACAGGAGUCCAAACGGGGCCUCCCGCAAGCACACAUCAGGCCGUGUGGCUGCUGCUUCCCCUCCCCGGCUGUCUGGACGGGCCGUGUGAGCCCCUGAAGGGCUCCGCCUCACCCAUCUCAGGACGGUGCAGGGUGGCCCAAGGGGCAUAUUCUAACACGCUGGCUGCAAAAGCAAAGCGUAGCUGAUGCUGUGCGAUGUGUGAGGGACGCCGCCCUCCGUGCCUCACACGGUUUGCUAUGAAGGCAGCCCCGUCCAUUUGCACAGCCAGGCUGCCCGGGGGGCUCACACUGAGCUUUCAGUCAACGGAAGGCCUCCUCCAGGCGAUACCCUGACAAAGGUAGCGAGGCCUGUGCUGUCCUCGUGUUCUCCGUUUCUCGAUCCUAGCUAAGAGCAGGACUCUGUUUUUAUCUUAACUCAGUUGCGUCCAGUCAAACGCAGCCCGGCUCGGAGGCUCAUCCGAUGUGCUCUUGUCCCCAGGGCUCGGCCUGCCUAUGUAAUUUAUGUUUCUCCUGGUCUAAUUUUGUACUUUUUAUUUAUGUUUCACCCCGAAAACUGUAAGUGUUCCCUAGAAGCUGCCUCAGAUGUUCUGUGCUAUGAGGCGGGAACCUAGCUAUAGAAGUAGGUUUGACCUUUGACCUUCUGCUUUAACAGGAUGUGCCGUAUUUCGGGGCGUGCAUGCUCCCGCAAGAAUCCUCCUCAACCGCCACAGCUUUACAGCAUCCCCUGCUCGGAAGUUAACCUGCUUCUGUGCAAGUCCUGGAAUUCGACGUUGGGCACAGCACUGUGGAUGGAGACAGUGCCUGGGUUGUCCUGACACCAUGGAAUCUUCUGGAAGUUCUGUGUUUGAACACCAACCCAGCCUCUCAGAACGAGGCUGGGCUCGGAAGCCAUCACGAAAGGAACAUUCCAGAUAAGCCAUUAAGAAAAAAGAUUCCCCUCCUACUCCAGAAGAUUCCUUGACCAUCUGCACAUGUAAUCCUACCGAUUCUCCCGAGUGGACAUUUCUUUGUGUUUCCAACCUGACUCCCCACGAGCGAGGAAGCACGUCCUCUUACCGGAGGUUCUAACGUCAGCACGGAAGGAAAAGUCACCCGUGAUCCACAUCACCCUGAACAGCUCCUUAGGAAGACGCUGUGUUGGAGGCCCCGUUCACUUCCUUUCCUUGGUUUUUUAUCCUAGAAACGGAACGGGUUUCCCUUCCUUCCCUUGGAGCCAAAUGCAACAGCUGGCUUUCAUCUGCGUUGUUCGAGACAGGCAAGUCUUGAAAGAGGGGGAGCACACGUUCUCAGAAUCUGAGGGGCCGAAGGAACUGAGAUGGGCAGAACAGCGGCGGGUUCCGGCCUCCCACAUCACGCCCACUCCAGGGACCUGCACGCCGUACUGGGACCUUCCCCCACCGCCCUCGUUUUUGUGCACCUGCUAUUGGGCAAUUUAAAUGCGUGCAUGACGGUUCUCCAUUUAAGUGCGCCUGUUGGUUCAACUCCUGGACCGUCUCCCAAAUUAGAGGGCGUGUUUCUGCGGGACGGGAGGUGUCUGACCGCCGCUUUUGGAGUAAAUCUGUGAUAAUAGCUGUCGUGGGUGCAGCUGGCUACUUGCUGGCCCUGGAAUUAGCCCCCCAGAAGAAAAGGGAGGUCCACGCGGGAGGGCGUCAACCGUCCAGGAUCCCUAACGAAGAGCCAGAAUGGAGAGGGGCACAGUUAGACAACGCACGUGGAAACUGGGGGCAAUCCCUUUGGGGCAAGUCUUGGUCCGCCACUGACCGUGUGCCAGGAUGACACUCGGGGACCCAUUAGGGUGCAGAAUGAGAGAACACGAGAACAGAGCCCAAUCUCAGAGAGCACGAGACCGGCACUUAAAAUGUUGGCGGAUCUCCGGGGGCUCUUGGUAAAUGCAGAUUCUGAUUCAGGAGGUCUGGGGAGAGGCCAAAGGCUCUGCAUUUCUAACAAGCUCCCGGGUGACGCCAUGGCUGCUGGUCCAUGUGACACACAGAAGCACAAAGAUCGGGGUGCCCGGGGCGGGGGGUGGGGGGCUCAGUCGGUUAAGCGUCUGACUUUUGGUUUCGGCUCAGGUCAUGAUCCCACGGUUUGUGAGCUCAAGCCCCGCAUCAGGCUCUGUGCCGACCUCACGGAGUCUGCUUGGGAUUCUCUCUCUCGCCUCUCUCUGCCCCUCCCCUGCUCGUGCACGCAUGCUCU